AUGCUUCCUCAAGAUAUAAGAGUGCAGAAACCCCGUCGGAUCUCGGAUUCGGCUCCACCCGUACCACCACGGCGUGGCAAGAACAGAGACGUUCCUCUUUCAACGCGUGGGCGGUCCGGCUCCGUACCUGAGCGCAAGGUGAACUGCGUCCUCGUCGGAGAUGGAGCAGUGGGGAAGACAAGUCUUAUCGUCAGCUACACCACAAAUGGAUAUCCGACAGAAUACAUUCCAACAGCUUUCGAUAACUUUGCAGCUAUGGUUGUGGUGGACGGAAAACCUGUGAGACUGCAACUCUGUGAUAUGGCUGGCCAGGACGAGCUGGACCGGAUCCGCCCUCUAUGCUACCACAAUGCCGAUGUCUUCCUGCUCUGCUACAGCGUGGUGCGCCCCUCCUCCUUCCGCAACGCCACCGAGCGCUGGGCGCCCGAGAUCCGCCAUCACUGCCCCGGGGCGCCCAUGGUCCUGGUGGGGACCCAGCUGGACCUGAGGGAAGAUGUCCAGGUGCUGGUCCAGCUGGCCAGGAAUCAGGAGCGGCCCGUGGGCACCGAGGAGGCCCAGCAGCUGGCGAACGAUAUCGGGGCCGUGUCCUUCGUAGAGUGCUCGGGUCUGACCCAGAAGAACCUGAAGGAGGUGUUUGACCAGGCCAUCUUGGCCAGCAUCCAGCCAGCGGAGAACGUUCAGCAGCUCCAGCAGAGGCAGAGCCUGAGGAAGAAGACCCCGGAUAAGAUCAAGAGUCUCUCUGAGACUUGGUGGAAGAAGCUGAGCUGUGUUGUUGUGGCAGGAGAGUGUGUGGGAGGAGAGUUUGAUUGA